GGAAAACAAAACUAAAAACAACAAUAACUACAAGCAAUAUUUAUAAAUAUAAUAUUGGUGUUGCUGUAACGCCAAAAAAAAAAAAAAAACUGAGUGCAACGUUGUGUGACGCCGUUGAGCCAUAGUUGGCAGGUGGUGAGAGGAGUGUGAGGCAGGCAAAAUUAAUUGCAAUUCGCCGACAAGAUUUGUGCAAUAAUUGUGGUUUUUCUACGUGUGUGUGUGUGUGUGUAUACAUGUGUUUCUGCUGGUUGCAGCGUGUCGACCAAUUUGUAAUGCAAAUGCCGCUAAAUUGCAAAUGCAUUGACUAAAAGUGUUUUACAACAACAGCGGUAGCAACAACAAAACAGGCGUAAAAUUAAAACAAAUUGCAUUAUUAUCUAAUACAAACUCAUACGCUCGUCCGCAUCGUGUUCAGUCGUCUACAGCGCAUUGGUCAAAGUCAGAAGUAUUAAAGCCUCUCCACAGCCUAGUGUCACAGUGUUUGCGACUUAAUUAACCGUUAAUUGAAUUACAAACUCAAAUUAAAUAAAUACAUACGUUUUUGUUUUCACAAACUAGAAAAAUUACAUCAGCGUCGGAAAAUUACAUAAAAGGAAACAGAUUUUAUUAGAAACGCCGUGCACGCGUUCAGCGCUGCCAUAUCUACCAUAUUUUGGUAGUACAAAAGAAAAAAAAAUAAAGAAAAUAUAAAUAAAUUUCGUACUGCAAUUGGGUGUUACGAAAAUAAUACAUAAAAACAACAACAAUUAAAACAAAACAGUUGCAUGUGUCUUUGAAAUUGCACGACAAAAUGUUGAAAAUAUUCAAGAGCAAGAAAGACAAGUUGCCAAAAUCGGAAAUCAUCACUUGUGAACCGCAGGUGACCAAAGAGCCGCGCACCAAAUGCGGCAAACCGUUGGUGUUGGACAACACACGAUGGGAGAGAAGACUACACAAAGAGUUGAUGUCACUGAUAAAGGAACCGCCACCGGGUGUUACCGUCGAUACCGAAAGUAUAGGACAAAACUUAUCAGAAUGGAAAAUAAAUAUUGCCGGUUUCGAGGGUACCCUGUAUGAGGGUGAAAACUUUCAGUUACUCUUCAAAUUCAACAAUAAAUAUCCCUUCGAUUCGCCAGAGGUGACGUUUAUUGGCAAUAAUAUACCUGUGCAUCCGCACGUCUACUCUAAUGGACAUAUCUGCCUUUCCAUAUUGACAGAAGAUUGGUCGCCGGCGCUAUCAGUACAAUCUGUCUGUUUGAGCAUAGCAUCGAUGCUUAGUAGUUGCCGUGAAAAGAAGCGUCCACCAGAUAAUACACUAUACGUAAAAACCUGCAAUAAGAAUCCGAAAAAGACCAAAUGGUGGUAUCAUGACGAUUCGGUCUAGUGGACGUUGAAUACCGCUACCGAUCGGUACACAAAUAAGCUGUUCGCUGCACUGACUAACUCAUUGCUGGUACUUAGAAUGGAACUACAACAACAAAUUACGCAAAUAUACACUGAGAGUAAAUUGUCUGUGAAAAAAAUACGACGACGUGUAAAACUCAAACGUAAACGCGCAUCAACAAACACACACACACCCGCAUACAUAACUAAACAACUGUAAAUUGCAAAACAAACAACCAACAAUAAAAACAAAAAUACAACUUAAAGCCAACAAAUCAUCAUAAUAAAACAACAAACACAAAUAACAAUAUCAAUAAUAUAUAACGGAGAGUGCGUUUGAGCAGAGAGAGCAGCCUGUGAAUGUGAUUUUGCGCAGGCGUAUGCGUGUGUGAAAAAAAGAAAUAUCGUAUUUUAAAUUUACAUAAACAUACAUACAUACAUACAUUUAUAUAUUUUAAUUAUUACAUACAUUUUACUUUAAAACUUAGCGCGCCAACAACAAGAA